AUGUUAAAUAGACGUGUAAGCGGGGUCACUGUCGAUAGUGACAGCGACGGGAGCACUUCAAUUAGCGGUAGUAAUAAUAUUGGUUUGCCUUCGCCCCCGCUUUCGUCGACAGAGUCUACCAUGACUAUAGAGUACUACAGCGCAAGUUUGUACGGCUAUCACCUUGCAGCGGCCCGCAAAGCUGCCUAUGUUGUAGCUCGAGCUCAGGACAAGCCUGUAUCUCCUACAGAAGUUGAUAUAAGUGAUAACAAUGGCUUCAAAGGAGCUUUGCUAUCUUCGCAUAAAGCAAACCCACCGUCUCUUGAUGCAGAUGCCGCCUUAAGAAGGUUAAGAAAGAGGAUCAAAUUGGAGCACUAG